GAGCGCUCGCUCUCGAGGUUACAACGCGCGCUUUGGAAGCGCCGAGAGUCGUUGUGCGUCCGCGUCGCUCUCGUCGGGUGGGGUGGCGCGCGCGAGCUCUUUUGUCCCGCAGAGACCUCGCGUGCACCGGCGAGGCGGAAGCAGAACCGCGCGAACCGCCGUCGGACACAGACCAGUUCCGGUGACCUGGUUCCGCGCUUACCCUUUCAUCGUGCGGUCCUCAUCCUGGUGGCACUGUGCCCGCGUGUACUACAUAAUUAGUGGACGCCACAGCGUACCGGACCCUUAAUUGUUCGGUGAUUUAUGCCGAGUGAUCUUUCUUUCUUUUUUUUUUUUCCUCGGAGGAACUAACGGGCCGGACGUCCAGUGAACCCCCCUUCCAUUUGAUCUCGCAGUCAAGACGGGAACUUCAGCCAGCACCAAACUCUGGAAUUAUAGGCCCUAUGGUGGGGAACGAGAAGCAACCUUGCGCGAUGCCGGACAUCUCCACAAGGACCUCCAGCCAUGCCGCCUUGCAAGACAGCGCAAGGAACGCCACCUUUAACUUAUCAUCCCUGCAAACCACCGAUAUUGGAAACAGUAGUGAAGAGUCCGUCUUCGGUCCUCAGUACCAUAGUCAUGUGCGCAUCACUGUUAUUAUAAUCAUGGUCGCUUUCUCAAUCGCUGGCAACUGCGUCGUCUGCUGGCGGCUGCUACGAAACCAUCGCCGCAGGCGCUACCAGAAAGCGCACAUACUGUUCUUGAACCUCGCCGUUGCCGACCUUCUUGUUACAACCGUGACGAUGACAUCGCAAAUGGUGUGGGAGAUCAUGGGCCGCGCUUGGAUUGCCGGUGACGCAUUCUGCAGAGUGUUUAAGGUUCUCCAAACUUUCGCACUAGCGUCUUCCACCUACAUGAUCGUGAGCAUAGCUCUGGACAGGCACUUCGCGAUCGUGUACCCGCUCGCCGCCUGCUUGGCGCCGUCACACCUGGCAGCCGGGUCAUGGCUCGCCUCACUGAUCCCUUCUCUGCCCAAUCUGUACAUGUUCCGGCUCGUUGAGGCCAGCGAAAAUCUCCAAUACUGCGCGUCGGUUUUCUACGCCCGUAAGGCAGACUCGCCGCUUCCUCGCCAACUGUACAUGACCUUCGUUUUCCUCAGCGUGUUCGUACUUCCCCUCAUUCUGCUGGUUGUGCUUUACGGUCGCAUCCUGAUCGAGAUUUGGAAACAGAGCUCGGCGCUCAAGAAUCGACACCAGACUGCCUCGCCUUUCCCAAAGGCCAAGGUGAAAACCAUCAAGCUCACUGCCGCCAUUUUCAUCGCAUUCUUGGUGACGAACGUACCCUACAUGGUACUGGAAAUGGUCCUGGCCUUUGCCGGCACCGGCGCCUCUCUGGAUCAAAACAUGGUGGCGCUGUUCGGCGUCAUCUCGGCCUCGAACAGCACGGUGAACCCCUACAUAUUCCUCUUCUUUCAAAAGAGCAGCGAAAGUGCCAAGCGGAAGCGAUUCGUGAUGCCCUUCCGUAAAGACGCCGUAGCGGAGCUUCCCGAUGGCCGCUCCAGUUGCCGUAACGGAGGCCUCGAGCUGUACCCGGCUCCGGGAAAAUGCAACUCGCCGCCCGUGUUCACCCUCGCCCCGAGGGAGAGCAGCGUCGCCUGUUCCUCGUGUCUACCCACCGAACUCAGCAGCUUAUGACGGUUCGGACCGUCCCGCCGCUUCCGGGAACCUUCUAUACACGCUGGUGGCGAACAGUGACAUUUUAUGGUGCUCCUGCAAGCGGGGAUCGGUGGCAGCGUGUACCUCCUGUGCUGCUAUGCGGCUCAUCGGCCCGUUCCGGACUCUGACGACUUUAGCUACAUCUGGUACCUUAUGAGCGGACUGCGUAAAAGUCGGAGAACAUUCCUGUCGGCUUCGAUCCGCAGUUAUAUCUCUAAGUGAGCGUAUUUAUAUUACCUUUCGUGGGCGCACGCAUUCUGUGAAUGACAUCGCGAGUUACUGUGCUGCCGUGCGUCCUUUCGAGUAUUACGCAUCUUGCGCGCGUUCUGUGCAUGCGCGUUUUCUUUAUUUAUCACUUUGUUAUCGUCUUUUUUGUUGUAUUUAACUUCUAGCAUACUCAUGUCAAAAGGACGGACUGUCACUACAAUAUUGUUACUAUACAAUCUUCGUUAUAUUUUCCAAUAAAAGAAA